GGCCCGGCCGGUGCGCUCCUGGCCCUGGCGCGGCUGGGCCCGGGGCGCCGGAGGCGCCUUCGAGGCGGCCCGCGGCGGCGCCCUGAGCUUGAGCGACGCCGUGCUGGGGGAGCACGGGUCGCCUGCGCUCGGGGAGAUCUCGCUGCACCAGGGUUCCUCGGGCGAAGGCGGCCGCGGGCGGGGCAGCUGCGGGUCGGGUCUACUGGCGGUGGUGGCGCCGGGCCCCGGGGUUGCCGUAUCGUGGUGGGGCGUUGAGGCAUCCCGCCGCCCUGCUUGCCAAUGUAUUGCUCUGUCGGACUUCUG